CACAUGACGGGUUUCAAUCGACUAGCACGUACACUUCGCAAUAAAUAUUAAACGACGCCGUAUAUCGUUAAAAAACGUUAUUUGGUGUGCUAUUUUAUACAUACACAUACAUUUACACACCCCGUUUAAAUUUAAGUGAAAAAUAACUCCACAGCGGCUCUACGAACGUCAUGUAAAGCGUCAAAAUGACGUCACGUCGCAUGCCUCGAUGCUCGGCCGUUUCUGGCUCGCGAACACACAACAAACAGCACUUCUCUCCGCCCACAUUAUUGAACUGUAUUACAGUCGCCGUACACACGUCUGGAUGGAGGAAGAUUGAAAUAAAGCGAAUGAAAAAUGUGUCUGUAGCGAUGUAUUUCAUUGCAUUACACGUCUGAAUCUCUGCAAAAGGAAUUGUUUUAUGCCCAAAACCGCGCGUGGGACUGUAACGUUUAUCAAGGAGAGAGAAAGAGGAGUGCACAGCUAACUCUGCUAGCCGUUUUUACUCAUAUGUUAUUUUUCACAUCGGAGAGGCGGGGAAUCCAAAGCCUAGCCAGCGAAAAAGCGAGACUUUUGGAUGCAUUCAAUUAACAGGACCGUUUCAUAUCACAGCCGUCUUAACUCGGGCUUCCUGCUUUCCGGAGACAACAGCAAGAAGCCAUCGAGGAAAUACAUGGAUUACCUGGUUGUUCUUCAGUUGAUGAAUCAUAAAAUGGAAGGGGCCCCUAACUUAAACCUCUUGAGGUGUUUUAGGACGUUAUGCUGUAAAGGACCUCCCACUCCCAGACCAGAGUAUGACGUGGUUUGCAUAGGUCUGACAGGCUCCGGGAAGACCAGUCUGCUCUCCAGACUUUGCAGUGAGGCAGCGGACAACAUCGUUCCUACCACAGGUUUUAGCAUUAAAGCCGUGCCGUUCCAGAACGCCAUUUUAAACGUCAAGGAACUCGGAGGAGCGGACUCAAUAAAGAAGUACUGGAGCCGGUAUUACCAGGGUUCCCAGGGGGUGGUUUUCGUCUUGGACAGCGCUUCGUCCGAGGAGGAUAUGGAGGUGGCACGUACAGAGCUCCACUCGGCACUGCAGCAUCCUCAGCUUUGCACGCUUCCGUUCCUCAUCCUAGCCAACCACCAGGACAAACCCGCCGCCCGCUCCGUACAAGAGAUAAAGAAAUUCUUCGAGCUGGAACCGCUGGCACGAGGCAAGAGCUGGAUUCUGGAGGGCAGCAUGGUGGAGAACAUGGACGCGGUGAAGGAGAGUUUCGCUCAGCUCAUUCAUCUGCUGGAGGAGAAGGACCAGGAUAUAGGCAGGAUAUGAUCCAGGGAAAACAUCCCAUCAUCCCUCAGACGCUACCGAUCGCCAAACGCACCACCGGCCAGUACAGCCCAGUUCAGAACGGCCUUUGUGUAAACUACAUUGUUACUCUAACUCUGUUACAGUGGUGUAACAAAUUGAGUCAUGAAAAAACGUUGUGUCCUUAUCUGUAAGGAUGCAUAUCUGCAGAGAACGAAGGAACCUAAGCUCAGAAGUCUGAGACCUUCUCACAGACCACACGUAUUAACCGAGAACAAAAAAUUGACUUUGUCAGUAAAUAGGGUCACCUGUCCUUUUUAGAUACAGAUCUAGUCGACAUCGCUACUAAAUAGAUACGUGGGGCAACUGGAAGUCAUGUUUUCGUAGUCCGUAGAUUGUUUUUCUUAGGACCAUGGAUGUGUGCGCGUGACUGUUUGAAUGUGUGUUUGCAAGAGAGAUGUCAGUACUUUAAAGCCUUAAAAUGUGUGUGCUCAUGUAUUUUUUGAGACGUUUUAAUGUUUUCUCACAUAUGUCCUUAGAUGUUAUUCAAGUAGGGGGUUUUAAUUAUUUGUGGCUGUGAAGUUAAGAGUUCUGGAAUUGACUGAUUUCUGAAAUCAUAAAAAAUGGAAAAUCGUCCGGUGUCGUGUCAACUCAAACCUGAAUGGAGCUGCACUCGAUGGUCCAACAAGCUAUUAGUGAGCAGCCUACCUGGGCGGCAUUUUAAGGCAUCGUAGGUGUCAUCCGACACACAGGAUGUUCCAUAGGGUGUAGCUGAUUUUGAACAAAUUCCAAAGCAGAGAGGGCAAUCCCAUAAUGCAUUGCAACGAGCGCAGUCAAAACGUAUACAUAACAUUCAUUCAGUACAGAAUAUGUCUUAUUCAAUAAUCAUUAUGUACAAAAUUGUUUAUCCAAAAAUGAUGUGCAUUGUAUAGUUAUGAUUUUUCAAAGCACUUCACCUUUUUGGUGUCGUCUGUAUCGCAGGGAAUUGCGGUUCGGGUCUGCUGUGUUCAGCACUAUUUGUACAACACAAAUUUGCUGCCCAUGUAGAGCGUUCCAAAUCGGUCACUUUUACGAGGUUCCUUUUCAGUUAAGAUUCUGCCGAACAAGGCAGCUGCGUACGUAUGGGACAGGCAGAGAAGUCACUCACUAAAUUUUGGAACAGACCUAAUUGUAGCGGUAUUUUAAAGCAGAACAUAUCAGAGAUUGUUGGAUGAUAAUGAUUGACAAGCCACGUGAAAUAUAAUACUGAUUCACCAAAACCACAACCACAAAUGUCAACGCUUUGAUUAUGGAUCAGUGCGCUUGUGUCUAUAAAGCAUUAUUUCAUGUUUUUGGGGUUCUCUCGGCCCUGAAUUUAUAACACACUAUAAGUGUUAAACCACACCUUAACAUCAAAGACAUGCAAAGACAGAAAGUCCAGAGUCCAGUCUGGGUCGUAACCGGAUUAUUCACGUGCCACAGACACACUUGGAAAAGCGAGCGUAUCAUUUACACAAAUACAAAUAACCUUGAUAGCAUGAUCUUAGAUGGGCAACAUCUUCGGUUAUAUUUAUAUCUAGAAAGAUUUUAUACCCUCCAAACUGAUUCAGCAGCUUUUUGUAAUUCAGAUAUUUGUACAUUUGUUACAGAUUAGUCUUGUUUUUUGAGAAGUGUAUGUGCCUGUCUUUAUACGGGGAGACGAAUCUAGUUUAGAGGCCAGUUUACAGUGGUGGUAUCAAGUCAUUCACACGUUUGACAGUGUUCGUAUGUAUUUAUGCGUCAUUUCCACUGAGCAACAUGGAAAAUAAAGGCUGAAGUUGUGAUUUAUAUGUCGGGUGAUAUUAUGUUUCACUUUGUUGAUUUAUGAAUAAUGCAUUAUUUUGGCAGUUAGGUCAUCGAAAAAUAUGAAUAUCAUUCUCGUGUCAUUCAUAAUCUGUAUGUGAGUCUUUCUUCUGUCGAACAUAAAAGAAGAUAUUUUGAGAAAUGUUUUUGUGGUUGUGUAAUAGAGGUCACUGGGGUCAGUGUGGUUUGGUUAUCAAUGUUCUUCAAAAUAUCUUAUUUUGUGUUUUUCAUAAGAAAGAUUCAUAUAGUUUUGACAAGAGAGUGAAUAAAUUAUAAAAUAUUUUAAACUAUGGCUUUAAACCUGUUAUGUUCAUUUGCGAUGUGCUGUACUUUCAUUAGUGUGAUGCUUUCUAUUUUGAAGGUUAACACCGUUUGUCACUUUGACGUUAAAAUUAGACUCAGAAAUGGCAAAAUUUGAUGACCAGAGGUGUCUAUUAUACAGCAGACCUGGUGUGUUACAAUUACGUUUAAAACUGGGUGACCCUCAAGAAAUUUUGGUUUCAAGAUGUAACAAACAGGAUUCAUUUCAAAACUUUUACUGUUAGUUUAACACAAUUUCAAACAAUUCAAAGCCCUAAAAAUUCUCAUUACCGUAACCAUUUAAAACUAUCCAUCCUAUAGCAUGUUUUGCUAGAGAAAAUCGUCAGGAUGCCUAAGGAAAUUUUAUUAAUCAUACAUAAUGAGAAAUUAAUGAAAUUUGUUUAAAUAAAAAAAACAUGUAAAAAAUGUUUUAAUGCAGAAAACAACCUGUAUCGGUAAUGAGAAUUAAAAAAGUUGUGUUCACAGUGUGAUAAGAGAAUAUUACGCUUUUAAGUAGAAAAAUAUAAAGUCAUCUGUUAAUCUUUUUGAAAAGUACUGGCGUCUGCGUUUCUUCACAUAAAACCAAACGUUAUGUAAAUAUCUUUGUGUUUGUUAAAACGGUAUUUAAUAGUCACUAUUUCUUCAUUUUUAUUAUACUUGAAAAUUCUGUUAAUGUUUAUGUUUUUUUCUUCUUUUGUUAUCUUUUGAGAAAAUCUAGAAGAACAUCCAAUUGCUAUUUAAGAAUAUUUUAAUCAGACGCAUGAGGAUGCAUUACGGUAGUGAGAAUUUCAUCAGAUAAAGCAAGAAAAUACAUAAAUCUUAACUCAUUCCUAUGUUAGAAUUAUGCUUCGUGUAUGGUAGAGAAAACAAUUAUGUUUAAUAAGAUCAUUUGUUAUUUUACAUUUUUUUAAUUCAAAUCUUUACUGCCAUGAUGUUUUAGUGGUUUCGUGAGAAUGACCCAACUACUGUAUAGUUUUAUAUAUUUAAUAUUUUACUCUCAUGUCAUUCCAAGCCUGAAUUAGUUUCUCCCACAAAAAAAAUAAAAGUUCAAAGAAUA